GUAACAUACACAAACUUUUGAACUAAGAGACACAUGAUAACCCACACCAAACAGUGACCACAGAGGUAAAGAAUGAGAUAAAAAAAAUCCUGUCUCAUUCAUGAGCAGAUAACUCAGUCAUGAGUGAGACUUCUUUUGGUCUAGUACUAUAUAGAACAAGAAACUAUAAAUGGCUGCUAUGGUGCAUUCUUCUAUAGCACUCAAGGAAUAGUAAUGGCAACAAUGUACAUGCAAUCAUCUAUCAAGAAAAAAAAGUAAACAAGUAUGUAAAUAAAGACAAUGUAGCUUUUUUUAUACUGCAGCAUUUAUCUUCUUUUUAUGGAGGCAUCUUCAGGAGUAUACAGAUGACCCAAGAUUUUCUAAAUUGAAAUUCACAUCACUUAAUAGUAUGAAAUUAAUGAAUUAUAGUGUGUACAGAAAGAAUACUGGAAACUAGUUUGUUUUCAUUCAAAUAUUCAUUAGUAUAUUCUUUAUGGAUAAAAAUUUCCACUGUUGCCAAAUUUUCAUAUUAUGAUAUUAUAGAUGGAACUGCACACACUAAAUUUCAGUAUUCAGUAUUGUUUGGCACUCUGUAACAGAAGGAAAAUAAAUUAUUAAAUAUUAAAGAUAUCAAUUCCAACUUCACUGAUGUCUGCUUCUCCACUCUUCAUGAACUCGUCAUGGCAUUGAACAUGGAAUCUGCUUAAUAGUUAUAGAAAAUAAUAAUAAACAGUAAUAAUAAUGACAGUAAUAGUUGUAAUGACUACAUACUACUAAUAGUAGUGAUGAUAAUAGUAAUUGUGAUAAUUAUAGCAUUAAUAAUAAUAAUGAUAAUAAUAGUAAUAAUAAUGAUAAUAAUAAUAAUGAUAGUGGGGGAGGUGGUGGCUGAGUGGUUAGCGUACCGGUCCCGUGUUCCACCAUGUUCUGGAUGACACGGGUUUGAAUCCGUUUCUACCACUUGGGAUUUUUCAGUCACCACCGAGUGGCCUAAGACUACCCUCAUUCUGUCCUGAAGACUACCUAUCAACCCGGACUCUGGAGGAACUGUUCAAGGGAAAUCAAGAAUGAGCUCCAGGGGGAAGCAUGAACCAAGAAUAGAUGGCACCACUGUGAACACUUGCCUGCUCCAAGAUGUGCUCGGCUGACCGCCAGGCCCCCAGAGAAAGCCUACUGGCCCUAUAGGCUAGGACAUAAAAAUAAAUAAAUAAAUAAAUAAAUAAAUAAUAAUAUGAUAAUAUAAAAAGUACAAUGGCAGAUUCCAUGAAAUGAAUCAUACACACUCACCAAUGUUUAUUGUUAUAGGAAAGCAUGAUUGUCUUGUGCCCAUUAAUUAGCACCAAUCUAUCAAUCAAAUAUAUAUAAAUGAAAAUUUAAGUUUAAAGGAAAAUAACAAUGGUCCAUCAGUAUUCUUAAGAAGUCUUCCCAAGGAGGAGAAACAUUGAUAAGAGAAAGGGUAGGCAGUGGCUGAGUGGUCAGCAUGCAGGACUCGGUGCAAGUUCCGCCUCCUGCAACAAGCUGACUCAGUCAGCGCUGAGUGACCUAAGACUACUCACAUGCUGUCCUGAAGACCACCUAUCAACUCUAGCUAACUUCUAAAGAGGAUCAAAGAUGAGCUUCAGGGGGGCAGCAUGAACCAAGCAAGAUGGUGCCACUAAAAAACCCUUGCCUGCACCAUUACAGGCUGGGCUGACUAGCAGACCCCAUCAAGAAACCCUACCGGCACUAUACAGUACCCUCUCGAGUUUCGCGCUAUCCGAGUUUCGCGAUCCACGAGUCUCGCGGUUAGUCCUAAAUUCUUACCAUCCCGAAUUUCGCGCAUUAUCACUGAGUUUCGCGCUGCUUUGACACGUACGGGUCACGUCUACUUACCAUCGGCGUCACGCACGCUACCUUUAAAGGUAGUAUCACACUGGACAUUUUCCUCCAAACAUUGUGGCUAUGGCAAGAGAGAGAGAGAGAGAGAGAGAGAGAGAGAGAGAGAGAGAGAGAACGUGUCGUUUUGAAGCCGCAGUUGAAGGCGGCUGCCUUACGAUUGGCUGACAGUUCUGAAAACACGCUUGUGAUUCACUGGGAGUCCAAUGACGUCAUCGCCGACGCCCACCCUACCAGCGGCUUCACUGUCUUAAGGCGGUGUCACAAUGGCCGUUUUCGUCCAAUAGUUGGGGCUACGGGCAACGCCCAUGCGCCCAACCGGGAGCGAGUUCACGGUUAUCCGUAAGCUGGUGUUACACAGGGCUUUUUUCUUCCCACCGAGUUGGCACCUCCUAGGGCAACCGGCAACUCCAACUUUUCCUGGUGUGCGUCACACACGACCAAGGUUGGUUGCCCGUAUCCACAUCCAAAAUGUAAACAAAAAACUUCCCCUGUAUCAACAUGGCGUCGUCUGCUAAAGUUAGGGCUGUCGCGACUUGUGCUGCCAUUACCCAAGUUAUGGAUUUGUUGCUGCAGUUAAAUGGAAGGAAGAAACAGUUGUGGGUGUGACAUGCCUGUGGUUCCUCCAUGCCAGUUCUCAUUGUCACCACUGCGCGUGCGCGGCCAACCCACCCAUACUCAUGGAUCGAAUAACAACAAACACACACACACACACACACACACAGGCACGCACGCACGCACGCACACACCUCACAUUAGGAACCAUUGCAGAUGUUUCUGACAAACUGAAACGACUUCACCAUUUCUUUGCAUGUGUUAGAACGUAUUUGGUGAGUGCCUCACAUGAACCAAACCUAGCUCUUGGCAAGAAGAGAGCAGUCGUCUUUAACACUGCUCUCUUCUUGCCAUUGGAUAUGUUUGGUUUGUAUGAACCACUCACCAAAUAUGUUCUAACACACUCUAGGAAAUGGCGAAGCCAUUUUUGUUUGUGAGAAACAUCUGCCAUGGUUCAUGAUGAGUCUGGUGUGUGCAUGCGUGUGUAUGUGUCUUUGUUGUUACUCAAUCCAUGUGUUUAUGUGGUCGGAGUCUAGAUGGGUGGGUUGGCCGCUCACGCACAAUGGUGACAAUGAGAACUGGCACGGAGGAACCUCAGACACACCACACCCAGAACAGCUUCUUCCUGCCAUUUAACUGAUGCAACAAGUCCAUAACUUGGGUAAUGGCAGCACAAGCUGCGACAUCCCUUACUUUAGCAGACGAUGCCAUGUCGAUACAGGGCAAGUGCUUUGUAUACGUUUUGGAUGUGGAUACGGGCAACCGACCUUGGCCCGGAAAAGUUGGAUUUGCCGGUUGCCCAAGCUGCCGCCAACGCGGUCGGAAGAAAAAGGCCCAGUGUGACACCAGGUUACGGUUAACCGACAACUCGCUCCCGGAUGGGCGCACGGGAGUUCCCAGUAGCCACAACGGUUAGAAGAAAACGGACAGUGUGAUACUGCCCCAAGGCAGCGAGGCCGCUAACCAGGUGAGCGCCGGCGAUGACGUCAUCUGACUCCUAGCGAAUCACAAGCGUGUUUUCAGAGCUCAGCCAAUCGUAAGGCUUCAUCUGUGGCUUUAAAACGACCCGUUCUCUCUUCCUGUUUUCUUCCUUUUUCCAAGUGAGCGACGCGGGACGUUCUUCGAGACAACUUUCCCAACGCUCACCCGAAAACCAGUCAGCUGGAGCAGCGGACUCAAAGGGGUGAGGCGCCCGCCGGAGCGGGCAGCGGGCGAGGGAGGCACCGGCGGGGAGGCCGUGCUGGCAGGAGAGUCAUGAAGGGGCGCCUAGUGUGCAGCCCUGAGCCUGGCCAUGAACACCAGCACCCAGUCCGGCCCUGAUCAGGCCCCGACGCUAAUCCGCAUCAGCCCCAAGAGGAUAAAGACACAGGUGACGCAGACGGUGCGGUAUCGGCCCGUCAGGUCACUGCUGCUCCUGGGGCUUCUGGUGCUCGUGUCUCUCUUCGUUCUCUUCACGCUCUCGCAGAUGGCUGUGGUACAACACACGAUGAUGGCCCACUUGGGGAGAGGCGUGGCUCCAGGACUGGCGGGCGGCGGCGGCGGCGGUGCCGGGGCGGCGCCAAGUGGUGGGGGGGGAAGGGGGCCAAAGGGACCACAGCGACCUUGGCGUAGUCAGUUCAAUCAGUUCAAGAUUGAGCCGCUCCUUGUACGCAAUGCCCCGUCCGUGGAGGUCAACUCCGCCAUGGCUACCAAUCGUCGGGUGGCCAAUCAAGUGGCUGCCAUCAUCGUACGAAACUCCCUUCUGGUCAGCCACUCCGCCCACUCCACUCCUCUCUCCUCCAAGCCACUCCACCCUCAGCAAGACGAAUCCCAAACAUAUCACGUUUCAUAUAAUUCCCCAUCGCAAGCAAAGACUAACGUUCACUCGAAAACUUUGAGUUCUUCCUUGCCAAAUGGCGCAUACAACUCCUCCAGCCAUGUUCACCUGACACGCUCUCGGCGGCAAGAGGGGGUGAAGGCGUCUCAUCCUAUCCAGAGGGCCUCCGCGGUGGGGCAGGGCAGAGCAGGGGUGCCAGUCUCGGGAGAAGGAGGGAGGACGGAGUUGGAGGAAGUGAAGGGUGUUAAGGAAACUAUAAGGACAGGAGGUGUAAAAGAUGGUUCAGAUAAGGGAAAAGUAAGACGUUUCACAGCUUCAGAGGCACACGUAGUCACAAAAACACAGAGUGAGAGUUUACCUAGCAAGAAGAGAGUUGUUAAAGCACCAGUGUUUACGCUCAGGGGAUCGAAAAAGCAAAAGAUGUGUUAUGUUGGCGCUAUUAACUGUAACGGACAGAAUAGUUCAGCGGUACGAACUAAUAUUAUGACCAAUGGUGAAGGCAAAGUUACAAACACAAACAGGAGCAGUGAGAAAGCAAAACACGCACUGCGCACGAACAAAACUAGUCUAUUAGGAACCGAAGGAUCUAACUCCACCAACACAAAGAGUCUACCGGAACACUUGUACCUGCCCGAGAGCACCUGGUAUGAGCCCAUAGACAGUGACGGAAGGGACUUGGUGGCGAGGAAAAGUGACGCCGCCAGGAGGAGGAACCUGCCGCCCAAACUCUCCGAAGAACAGCUCAGAAAACUUCCUCUUUGUCCCGAGAUUCCUCCAGGACUCAUGGGACACCUCAUUGUUGACCUGGACCACCUGGAGAAGAUGGACCUCGAGGACGUUUUGCAGCAACUGUCGUGGGUGUCGCCUGGAGGCAGUUGGAGCCCCGUGCAGGACCCCGUCGAGCCCUGUUUGCCUCGACACAAGGUGGCGGUCGUGCUGCCAUACAGGGACCGCCUCCACCAUCUCAUCAUCCUCCUCAGCUGGCUCCACCCGAUCCUCCGCCGCCAGCAGCUUGAGUACACUGUAUAUGUCGCCGAGCAGACCGGCAACGCCACCUUCAACAAGGGUUCCAUCAUGAACGCGGGCUUCAUGGAGGCUUGGCAGAGGAGCGACGCCGACUGCUUUGUGUUCCAUGAUGUCGACUUACUGCCCGAGGACGACCGCAACAUGUACUCGUGUCCGCCGCACCCUCGCCACCUCUCCGUCGGAGUGGACACACUCGGCUACAAGCUGCCGUACUUCCUGCUGGUGGGCGGCGUCCUCAGCGUGCGGGGGGACCAGUUCCUGCGCCUCAACGGCUACUCCAACAUGUACUGGGGCUGGGGCGGCGAGGACGAUGACAUGGGCUAUAGAAUCAAGCAGUCUGGCCUCAGCAUCACUCGACCUGCCAACUGGGUGUCGAGAUACACCAUGAUUAGACACACCAAGCGCCGCCCACUCACCUGGAAGGUCCGUGGGAAGCUGCUAAGGACAUCGGGACGCCGCUACAGGCUGGACGGGCUCAACACACUCAAGUACACACUGCAGGCCCUCCACCGCCACCCGCUGUUCACUCACCUGCUGCUGGAUGUUGGCACCCCACCUGAGAACCUCCUCCGCCUCGAUGCACCUGCCCACCCACCGCCAACACCCCCGCCGCCGCCGCCACCGUCACCCAAGACCUAAAAAGAAAGAGUGACCCACGCUGAAGAAGAGGCUGUGAAGAGUUGUUGAUAUUUAUACUACUACUACUACUACUACUACUACUACUACUACUACUACUACUACUACUACUUCUAGUACUAUCAUUAUUACAACAGCAAUAGAAACAAUAAACAACAAUAACAACAGUAAUGAUAAUAAACAAGUAGUAACAACAUUGAAUACAAAAGUAUCAACAACAACAACAAUGAUUACAACAAGAAUAACAGCAUGUAGCCACCUACUACGACUACUACUACUACUCCUACUAUUAUUAUUAUUACUAUUACUACUACUACUACCACUACUACUACUACUAUCACUAUACACACACACACACACACACACACACACACACACACACACACACACACACACACAUUUGGGGAAAUAAGACACCUAAUCAUACGAAACACUUAUCUCAUCGUUUCAGUUUUUUUUGCAUAAUAAUAAUCUAGUACAAGAAAGUAAAAAGUUGACUACCCGAUUUUUGUCCUUCCUGGUAGUGCUUUCAGUUAUACAAGGAGGCACCAGAUCGACUAUGUGUGGAUUUGUAUAGCCGUGUCUUCCCCAUAAGGACAUUGUUGAUCCCUAAGUCUAUAUAUAUACCAAGUCAAGUCACUCUGCCUCAAAACUGCGACCGGUACGCGGAGGAGGCGGUUUUUGGGGCGGAGCAGCGGGAUGACGUCACUUGGAGCCAAAAAAAAAACGCCAGUUCAAGGGUGACUAAAGUUGGGGCCGUAUGUGCACUCUGGAUGUGCAUUCUCGCCUUCUUUCACAGCGCGUUCAGGCAAGCCACUGACGAAAAAAUAUGUCUUUUUUAUUGUAAUAUUGCGUGACUGUAAUUUCAAUGACUACAAACGGCGGUGUGGGGUGUGAGGGAGGGCAUGUUGAAGUGAUUGAUUUAAAUUAGUACGCCUUUCCUUGUUUUCUCUAAAUCCCUGUUUCUACAUUCUCUAGUUUGGCUCCAAGCAGUGUCACGCAUAAACCACGCCUCGGCCGUGUCUCCUCCCACAAACCUGCGUAUGACUUGACUUGGUGUAUAUAGACUUAGGUUGAUCCCGUCUCAGCAGCACAUCAGUGUAAAGAAAUCCGAAUCACUAUUAACUUUUUUUUUGCAGUUUUGUGGAGGAAUAGCAGAAGAUGGCGGUAUUUGUAGAUAGGAAACGAAAAGCAAAAAAAUGUACUGUGGGGCACAGUUAGAUUAUGAUAUACCUGGAUCGAAAAAAGAACACAUUUUCUUUGCAACUCUCAGCAUGCAGACAUCUUUCCAUAUCCAUUCGCAAUCCUCCCGUAAGACAAAUCAUGGAACUGCGUGGUGUGGAAGGACUUUUAAACUAGAUUAAAUUUAUUGCAGUUGUUGAAAAGGGGAAAAUUUUGCAAAUAAUGAUAGCGUUUCACCAUUUUUUUCACGGUUGCUCAAAGUUGGCACAUGCUUACUUGAUACCUCCUUACUAAAUGUAUGUGACAUGUAUUAAAUUUUAAUUAUACUAAUGAAAGUUCAAAGACGACUUCAAAAGUAAUACACUUUUCGACCCAUUCUCUCCCUUCAAAAAUUUCCAUCAAAUGUAAUUUAGUAUUAAAAGCAAAGUUUGCCUUCAUCUUCCCAUUUCCAGUGACAUGCUGAAUAAUUCAAGUGUUUUGCUAUCUCUCUUGGUGUGCAGCAUUUUCUAAAACACUGUAAUCGAUAAAGGGCAACGCUCAAUACCUCUUUCCCUACUACAAAUCCCCUCAGCUUGCCUACGUUCUCUCUCUCUCUCUCUCUCUCUCUCUCUCUCUCUCUCUCUCUCUCUCUCUCUCUCUCUCUCUCUCUCUCUCUCUCUCUCUCUCUCUCUCUCUCUCUCU